AUGUCUCAAGUACAGUUCAAAGUCUACCGUGGCACAAAGGGGGAUACGCCAAUUCAAUCUACCGUCACAAGAACACUACGACCUAAUGACGUCCAUCUCGAGAUUACACACUCUGGCGUCUGCGGAACCGACUUACACUAUCGUCAUGCCGACAUGACUCUUGGGCACGAAGGCAUUGGUAUCGUUCGCAACGUUGGCACUGCUGUUAGCGACUUUAAGGCCGGUGAUGUAGUUGGAUUUGGAUAUAUCCGCCAAGUUUGUGGCAAGUGUGAGCCUUGCUUGACAGGAAGAGACCAAUACUGCGCAAAUGGAGUAGCCUAUGGUAUGGCCGAUUUUGAUACCGGCAGCUUCGCGCAGGGCGCCGUCGUGGACGCUCGAUGUGUCUUUGCCAUUCCUGACUCGAUUGGCCCCGCGCUUGCCGCACCGCUCAUGUGUGGUGGCGGUACUGUGUGGACUGUUCUAUCGCAGUACGGCAUUAAAUCUACUGACCGCGUUGGCGUCGUUGGAAUAGGUGGUCUGGGACACCUGGCGAUCAAGAUGGCGGCAGCCAUGGGCUGCGAGGUAGUUGUCUUGUCCAGCAGCGAAUCCAAGCGCGACGAGGCGACCAAGUUUGGUGCGAAGGAAUUCCACGUCUUCCGCGAUGGUGAAAAGCCCAAGGACGAUAUUGCGCCCAUUGACCAUCUUCUACUAUGUGGCAGUGCCAAAAUUGACUAUUCAUCUGUGCUACCUUUGAUGGCUUCAAAUGGAGCCAUCUAUCCACUCAGCGUUGACUUUAACCCGUCUGAACUGGUCAUGUUCCAGCUCGCUCUCAAGGGCCUGCGCAUUCAGGGCUCGAUUGUGGUGUCGUCUACCGAGAUGCGCAAGAUGCUCAAGUUUUGCGCCCUGCACAAUAUCACCCCCCAGAUUGAACAAUUCCCGCUCAAUGAGCAGGGCAUUGUUGACGCUUUCCAGGUGCUGUCGGAUGGUAAAGCUAGAUACAGGGCUGUUCUUGUUGCGCAGUCGUAG